CUCUUUUGGUAUCUAUCGGGUUCCGCUCUGCUGCAAAAGGUACAUGCGAUUCAGUAGGUGCUGCCGCUAGUUGAGGCUGAGCGAUCCAGGCAUCAGUUUCCGUGGCUGUACCUACCGAGUGCGCAUCUGUGUAGCGACCUGCAACCUCAUAUAUAUUCAUUGCGUUUGCCUCGAUUAUAUUACAUCGAAGAAUUCGCGUAUAACAAUUGAUCAGUUAAAACCUGCGGUUGGCUGUAGAUUAUUGCAAGCUCGAGACCGUCGCCAUGAUGCGUCUCGUAAACUACAUCAAAUACGGGAACACAGACUGCAGAAUGUUCGAAUCUCCACCACAGAGCUCGUUCCACCACAAAACUCAAUGCGAUAGCCUAAUGGAUAUGCAGCACCAGUCACCCUUCUUCAAACUACCUGCCGAGACGAGGAAUCAGAUCUACUUUUAUGUUUUCAGCGACCCAGGGACAAGCGAGCAAGAGCAACUACGGGACGAAUCGUCUAGUACCAGUCCCGCAUCGACAUUACCACUGAGGACAGACUUACUCAGUAGAUGCAAUCCGAUAUCACAUUUCUACCGCACGAAUCCAAAUGUCCAGGCGCAAGCCGAACAUGAACCACCCCACCCACUCUCUCUCCUCCAAACCUGCCGUCUCGUCCACAACGAAGCCAACCUCCUUGCAUUCUCUCACCAUACAUUCUCCCUCAGCUUCGCCCUGAUACGCAAGCAUCCACUCAAGAUAUUGCUACAUCCGCUUCCCCCCUCCAAGGUCUCCACCAUAACUCGCAUAUCACACGACCUGGGCCCGCCGUCAACGUACUACCAAGCGACCGCAAAUUGCGGCCAAUUAUUGAACUACUGCCUCUUGCUGUUCCCUUCUUUGGCCGUGUUCACCAUCGAGCUCUGUGUCGACAAGGAUGCGUACGAGAGGGCGUCCCAGGCAGACAAUGUCCCAAGGAGAGUCGCUCAUUACAACUAUCUGAACGGAGUAAGCAUCGUGUGGUGCCCGGGAACCGACGAGGAUGAUGGGAUGACGGGCUUGAGCGAGCCUGAGCGACAGGCUGUCAAGAAGUUUGCGCCACACUGGUUCAGGCAGCUUCUCACCAAUAACGACCGCGCAUUUAGAUGGCCGAAGGAGGAGGAAUGGGCGGUGGAGUGGCCUCAGUAUAGCAGCAGGUUCAUGACGGAAAUGGACCAUGAUGGUGGUUCAAGGAAUGGUAUCAUACGAAACCCGGCAAUGGAGCGCGAGGCUGUCAGAAGUUUGGAUGGGGUCGACCCAUGUGUAUGUGGGUGUAAAGAUUUAUGUUGGACAAGUGUGGAUAUGGUGCAAAGGACUGGGAGGCGAGUGAAGGUUAGGGCAGUGGUUCAUGGCAGAGAGGGGCUCGGAGACAGUCCUUUCAUUAGGUUUAAACUCGAGCCGGGGACGGAGAGACACGAGCUCACAGUUGACGUGAAUGGAGAUACUGGACUGUUGUACGAACCGACACAGGGCUAUUGGGAUGCAUUGAGGUGGAAAAGCACCUUCUGGGGUAGGAUGGCGAUGCCCUUUGCGAGAUCUCCCACGUAGGUACCCUAUGAAUACAACUAAUUAUCUGCGAUAUCUCUGAAGCAUCCACAUCUGAAAAAAAAAUCACAAGAGAU